CGGAAGUCCCUGCUCCUGCCUUUUGCCCUGCUCUGCCUGCCCUAGCUUCAAGAGGCUGACUCUAUUCCGACACCCUCCAACAUGGAGGAAACGCAGCAGAAAUCAAACUCAGAGCUGCUCCGCAUCUCCCUGCUGCUCAUCGAGUCGUGACUGGAGCCCGUGCGGUUCCUCAGGAGUAUCUUCACCAACAACCUGGUGUAUGACACCUCGGACAGCGAUGACUAUCACCUCCUAAAGGACUUAGAGGAAGGCAUCCAAACGCUGAUGGGGAGGCUGGAAGACGGCAGCCCCCGGACUGGGCAGAUCUUCAAACAGACCUACAGCAAGUUUGACACAAAUUUGCACAACCAUGACACACUGCUCAAGAACUACGGGCUGCUCCACUGCUUCAGGAAGGACAUGGACAAGGUCGAGACAUUCCUGCGCAUCGUGCAGUGCCGCUCUGUGGAGGGCAGCUGUGGCUUCUAG